CCCUUACUUAAAGGUGGCGGUAGUCACGAUAUGCCCAGGUAACGUCCCACCCCUUAACCCCCGCUCCUUUUCUCCCAUUCUCCGGGCAGCAUGUCUCUGACGUAUCUGAUUACCGGCGCUGGGCGCGGUAUUGGAAUGUCCUUUGUGAAAGCUCUUCUUGCCUGUGACACAACAAUGCUCAUAUUUGCUGGUGUUCGGAAUAUUGCUACUGCGACCGAACUGCGGACGAUUGCGCAAAGCGAUAAGCGUGUUAUCGUAAUACCUCUGGAUAUGGAUGACGAUGGGAGCAUUCAGAAUGCUGCACGGAUAGUAUCCUCACGCGCAAAAUCAUUAUCCGUGCUUAUCAACAAUGCCGGGUUUACACCAGAAACGAUGAGUCCAGCAGCAUACGUGCCCCCAGGUGACUUCAUACAAGCGUUCAAGACCAACACAUUGGGGCCAAUACUUCUCAUACAAUCAUUUCUCCCCUUGCUUGAAAGAGCGGGAGGCUUGGUGAUCAACAUUUCCUCCAUACUGGCCAGCAUGGAGAUGAACCCUGGACGACAAGUCGCAUAUUCCGUCAGCAAGGCCGGUCUAAAUAUGGCCACGACCAUCUUCCAGAAGCAGGUGAAGGAUAACAUUGUCAAGUUCAUCGCCGUCCACCCAGGUGUCGUAACGAAGGAAGUGCGACCUGACCCUCGCCAACCCCAAGCACCGUACAUAACAUCUGAUCAAAGCGCACAAGGUAUUUUACAGAAUAUCGUAUUCUCGGCCAGUGUUGCUAGUAUGUGCGGAAGAUUCGUAUCAUGGGAUGGGAAGAACAUACCAUGGUAGUCCGAGAGACGAGAUAUUGUACAGAUUCGAUCGCGAGCUCGGCGGUGGUGUGGGCAAUGUCAUUAUAGCAACUGUUGGAGCUCCUUGAAACAACGCAUACCACCAUUCUCAGGAUACAGUAUUGUAUGCGGAUUAU